CUGGCUCUGAACUCCCAGGCACCGAGGCAGAGAGGUGGCUGCUGCUCCCGGGGUUGGAGAGGGGCUUAGCAAAGGGACUGUGGAUUUACUUAGUGAUUCCCUCUGAUGUGAAUGCAGCAUCUCUUGUCCCUCUGGGAUGCCGUAGGUGAUGCCCAGCUCUACUGCAAUGGCAAUUGGCGCUCUCUCUAGUUCUCUUCUUGUAACCUGCUGUCUCAUGGUUGCUCUCUGUAGCUCCACCAUACCUGUGCAAAAACUGGCCAAGGCUCCAGACAAACAGGAGAUAAAAACAAGUCAGGAAAAGAGGGAUCAUACAUCAACCAGGCCAGACAGUCAGAGUCAGACAGGCCCAGGGAAAAUGAAUGAACUUGGAAGGAAUGGGCGGGAAGAGGGCACCAGAGAUUGGAAGAGCAAAGGAAACAGAAAUUAUUCAAACAAAGAAUCUUGGACUAGGCAAAAACAGGUUUGGAAUAGUCAAGGAACAAGCAGUAAAUCUGGGAACAUUCAAGCACAGGAGCAAAGGGAUGGUGUUCCAGAGGAACCUCAGGCGGCUGAAGAACCAUCCCUCCCAGAAGUUGUUGCUAGUACUACUCCUGAGCCUCCGGAGGAGUAUGCCUAUCCAGAUUACCGUGGGAAAGGCUGUGUGGAUGAGAGUGGCUUCGUUUAUGCUAUUGGGGAGAAGUUUACUCCAGGUCCCUCUGCUUGCCCCUGUCUUUGCACUGAUGAGGGACCUCUGUGCAUUCAACCUGAGUGCCCAAGACUCCAUCCACGGUGUAUUCAUGUAGACACCAGUCAGUGCUGCCCACAGUGCAAAGAGAGGAAGAACUACUGUGAGUUCAGAGGAAAGACCUACCAGACACUAGAAGAAUUCAUGGUUUCCCCAUGUGAGAGAUGCCGUUGCGAAGCCAAUGGUGAAGUGCUGUGCACAGUGUCUGCUUGUCCUCAGACUGAAUGUGUGGAUCCAGUGUAUGAGCCAGAUCAAUGCUGCCCCAUCUGCAAAAAUGGCCCAAACUGCUUUGCAGAAACCACUGUCAUUCCAGCUGGCCGAGAGACUUCUAUCAGGAUUUUAAUGGAAGUUUUGCCAUUGACUUCAAGGGGCCAGGAUUUCACACCAAGUAUGGAUUUUGCCCACAUAGCUAUCAAUCGCCAGACAACUGUUUGUUUCUCAACCAGAUCAUGGACAAGAAAAUGA